GACCUUCGACGCCCUUUAACAGAAGAACACAUAUGAUUACAUUAAUCAAUAGAGACGGCUCUUAGUGUUAUCAUUUAAAUUCCUUGCUAAUCGUCACCAACAUGAAUAAUAAUAUCCUUCCAAACCAGGGUCAGCCUGGGGGUUCGCAACCUCCUCGACCACAGACAUUGUUCAAGCCCGAAAUGAUGCGCCAACUACCUGCGAAUGUUUUUACAGAAGAGGAGAAGGUUAAAUGGGAACAUGGAUUGAAAGGACUUUGGUCUCAUAUUGAAAAUAACCCUCCUGAAUCAUCAGCACAUCAAGAAGCCAAGCGGAAAUUGGUUGAGUUUUCGAAGUCAGUAUCAUCCAGGAUAUUGCAAUAUCGCACGCAGCAGCAACAGCAACAGCGCCAGAUGCAAGCCCAGCAGAACCAACAGAAUCAACAAAACCAGCAGAGUCAGCAGAGUCAGCAGAACCAGGCGCAAGCUCAGCAGGUUCAACAGAAUCAACAGACUCAGCAACAGAAUCAGCGAAGCCCGCAGGCGCAACAAGCAUCACAACCUACAACAGCUCCAUCAAAUGAGACACCUCAACAAGAUCCAGCUCCACAACAGCAGGAACAAGCCACACAAUCACAGGAUAAUCAAGCGACUGGUUUCACUGCUGGAACUUCUUCUCAACAACAAGCAAGGCCUCAAAUUGCUGCUCAAAUACCAGAGAAGAUCCUGCAACACGUCAGAACAUUUCCAUGGCAUGCCCCACAACACCUAACCCCACAAUCACCAGAAUGGACUAAAUGGAUGGCGGAUAUGAAGAACAAGUAUGCAAAGGGCUUGAUGCAGAUGGAAAAGACAAAUUUGCAGGCGAAGAGUAUGGAAGAUUAUAUUAGAAAGAAAAGAGAAGAAGGGACUGCAACGGAACAAGAUGAAGCAGACCACCAGACGAGAUUAGCAGAGGUUAAAAAACAACAUCAUAUGGCCAAGAAGUUCGUAGAUGACAUUAGAGAGGGUCAGAAACGUCUCGCGCCAGGAAACCCUCAUCAAGGUCAAACUCAGCAUCCUCAACAAACCCAAGCUCCUGCGCCUGGGUCAUCCAAUGCAAAUGCGAAUGGGAAUGCAGAUGCUACUGCAAGCCAGGGCAACCAAGGAGCUCAAGGUACCACCCAAAUGAAUCAAACACAAGGAGCACCUAGGCCACCUAUGAAUUUGCAGCAGCCACAAAACCCAGCCUUACAGAAUACUCAGACUGUCAAUGCUGCUAUUGAGCAAGCUCGUAACCAACAAAUGGGUGGUGGUAAUCGACCUCCUGGGCCACAAGGGCAGCCAUCCCAAGGUCCACAAGUUCCUACGCCAAACGCACCUUCCCAUCCACCUAUGCCUCAAUCUCAACCUGGACAGGCGCAAAGUAUUAAAAGCGAGCCAACAAUGCCAGGUCCAAUCAACACCGCCAUUACUCAAAUGCAAAAUAACCAGCAACGUCCGAGUCAAACAAAUUCUCCUCAAUCGGCUAUUCCUCAAUCAGCAAAUUCUAUCAGUGCACCACAUCCACCUGGACCUCCGAGAGCUUUAACCCAUCAAGCGGCAUUGCAAACUGCAGCUCAAAGUUAUUCUAGCGCGGGCGGUCAAACGACCACACCUAAUACGGUCAUGGGUCACUCGCACACUCACCCUAAUACUAUGCCCAGGGAACAACAAAAUCCAAGCUCAACGAAACUUCCAAUUCCAAAACAUUUGCCAGAAAGAGCAAUCGCACCCCCACAACCAGUCCAAAUGGGCCAAUCACGUCCUUCAUUUACUGGUGGUCCAUCAGGUGCUGGUAACGGAGUUAUGGGUCAGCCAGUUAUUGCCAAGACUCCAGGUUACGUUCUGGACGGCGAGGGAGACCGCGUUUUGAGUAAGAAAAAAUUAGACGAGCUGGUUAGACAAGUGACCGGUGGUGGAGAGAAUAUCGCAGGUGGUGGUCUGACUGCUGAAGUUGAAGAGUCCAUCCUUACAGUCGCCGAUAACUUCGUCGAUCAAGUCCUCCAAGCCGCAUGUAAGAAUGCCAAGGAACGUGGCUCCAAAAUUUUGGAGAUCCGUGAUAUUCAACUCACUCUUGAGCGCGGUUACAAUAUUCGUAUUCCAGGUUACGCUAGUGAUGAGAUUCGAACCGUCCGUAAGAUCGCACCAAGCUCUGGAUGGAUCAACAAGAUGAGCGCCGUUCAAGCUGCGAAGGUCACGGGUGGAAAGGGUAGUGAUUAAAAGCAUUGUCCAUGAUUUCAGGAGGCGUUGUUUUCAAUCGAUCCAGGAUGUACGAUAUGUCUACAUCACUUCGCAAUGGUUAUUCGAAUUGACGAAAAGGAAUAUGAUAAUUAUGGAUAUGAAUCGGGAUAAAUUUCUUAGGGGACACUAUACUAUGAGGGCAUGGGAUGGAUGAUAAUUGGUGUUGGGCUAUUUCAUCUUAAAUUGAUGUGUAUAUGGCAUGGACUGUCGCUGGCGUUGGAGGAGUGGUAUCAUGAUGUUAUGAAAGCAUCAUCUGUAUUCUCUCUUGGUAUGUGUCGGUCUUCAAAGACAGGUACAAAGGUACUACCUAAAUACCAUAACACUCCAUUAAUCUUGAUACAUGUUCACUAUGAUGUGGUGUGCAUGAUGGUGAUUUGACGUUAGAUAACGUGUCCAUCGCCGUUCUUUACCACUGGCGUAGAUUGCAGAAUGUUAGACUGAAUCUUAUUGUAAUGGCUUCUAAAUAGGAGCUACUGUUA